AUGUUUUCGCGACGACAGCCCGCAUCCGCCGAUGCCCUCGCCAGCCAGGAGACGAACCAGCCGAAUAAGCUAUUUCCUUUUAGUUUGAGCCGCAUACGCUCCAGGACGUCUGUCGGCACGUCCGAAGCCGACAUCGAGAUGGCGCCCGUUGCUCCGGCGGCCACCAUGGUGACGACGGCGUCUGUCCGAGAGUCGAGAGUGGCAAUAAUCUACGUCCCCUGGUGGUUUCUCGUCUGGGCGAACAACAGACACUCGGUCCGACAGAACCAGCCAUAUCUCUCGAGGAAAAUGCACAUCAGCGUCGAAGUCGCCAUGCUAGGCGUCACGGUGUUGUGCUUUAUCAUGAUGCUGAUACUUUCGCGCAACGUCGAUGUCCAGUACGAGGUCGGAUUUCCCUAUGUUACUACCCUCGCAGCUUUGCUCGGGAUGCAAGUGUGA